GCGGCCUGUUGCGCCGUCGCCACUCCACUUGGAACCUAUGAGGACGUAGCUGUAGCGUACAGAGAAUGAAGGCUCGAACGCUCAAAAGAUAUGUGAAAAUAAUUGUAUAAAAACAUAUAGAAUUCUAAUCUGGUUUAUUUUUCGUGUGUUAUGUAUUAAUUGCUUGCAUCGCGUUAAUAAUUUUCCUGGAAAAGAUUAGUUUUUUAUAGUUCUAUGCAACCUCUUAUUCCAGUGAAAAGUGCGUGCGCGUUGUGUUCGAGUGAUUCGUGAUGCGCGACGAACCGAUUUGUAAAAGUAUUUGAACAACCGUGUUCGUGUUGUAACAGUUGAAGCUGUUUGUUUGAACAAUGUUUAGCGAUCUAUAGAAUGCGUGGAAUGAAUACUUGCUUCACGAAUUGGGCUGAAAACGUGAAAAAUAAUAACAUAACUCCACUCAGCUAGAAUAGUUAGGCGCGUGUUUCAAACGGUGUUAGUGAUUCUCCUGACGCCCAGUUAUGGCCAGUCGUGAUACAACGGCGUUAGUUAUUAGAGUCUACAAAUUACAUUGAAAUUUAGUUUGCCAAAUUUUUUCCUCGAUGCUUAGAAAACUUUACAAUUAUUCGUGAAUUAUGUAACUAGUUACAAUUCUAUUUGCUGAUAGAAGAUCUUAUAUACUGUUAGGUUUGUAGAAUUACGAUAUGUCCUUUCCGCUACGUUUAUUCCUCUGAUUCAUCGUACAGAUUUCUUUAAUGGAAGAAGAAAUAGUUGUAGAUGAUAUAGAUGAAAAUAGUAGCUCAGAAACUCUACAAUCAGACGAUCCAACAACAUCCGUCAUGCCUUUAUUAUAUAUUCAACAAAGUAAAUUGCGUUCCGCACCAACAACAACAACAAACCAAGCCAUGGUUUCGUCUAAUGCUCCUCAGCUUGCUGCCAUUAUUAAUCCAGUCAAUAAUCAGAUUGUCACAGGACAAAACAAAGUAUUUAUACAAGGGCCAAGCCAGGUUACUACUUCUCAAAGUAAACAACAUAUUGUAAUUCAUCGGCCAAUUAAUACUGUUAGUACCACAACAACUUCUCAAGGACAGAAACAUAUACUGCUUAGAAAAUCUAAUACAUCCACUGCUCAGAUUGUGCCCUUAAGUGCUUCUCAGGGAAAUCAAAGUAAUGCACAAGCAGGCAAACAUACAUUUGCGUAUCUUGGAACUCUCAUUAAACCCAACAAAUCACGCGAAUCUGUUGUCAUUCCAGCAGGUGCAUUAACAACAACUCAAAUAGCUAAACCAAAAUUGGUAAUUGCACCAGUUAUAUCACAGUUAGCUCAAACUUCGACGAACACUACAGUAGUAUCUCAAAGUCAACCCCCUAAACACAUGGCAAAUUUAUUACUACCAGUCAGUAUUCCUCAACAAAGUGUACCUACUAAAUCCAGUAUGUUCAACUUAAAAAUUAAUAAUGGCCAAAUUAAUAGUGAUAACAAAGGAACCAUUACAGUGUUACGGGAAUCAAAAACAACAAAUUCAGUCUCACAUCCGCCACCUUUGCAUCCUAUUGCAAAAAUGAGUUUAUUAAAUGCAAAUAAAGGAAAUAAUAAUUCCACAGACAGUAUAAAAAUUACAGAAAAUCCCGAUUCUGCUGUGAUUACACCUAUUCCAAAAAAAGAUGAUAUUAAUAUGCCUGAGAAACGAAAAAAAACCAUAAGUAAUAUAUUACGGGGAUCCAGUGAAAAGAGAAUGAAAAAACAAAAUCUUUCAAAGUCUUCACAGGAGAGUCUGGUUGAUGUAAGUUAUGCUCUAAGUAGCCCAGAAUCAGAACAAGACAAGGACAAGAAAGUGCAAAACGAUGAUGAUAUUACAUUGAUUAAAGUAGUUCCUAGUGAAGAUAAAGCUAUAAAACUUCCUAAUACGAGUAUGGAUGAUGAUAUAAAAAUAGAGAUUAUUAAAACGCGCACAAGUUGUGGUGUUGAGUCAAUAUCAGACAAUAAAAAUGACUCUAAAGUCAAUAAUCAUGAAGAUAUAAAAGAUCAUUUAAACGCAACACAUCCGAACGAUUCGAAUUUUGAUGCUGCAAAAGUCCUAGAUUGGAAAGAUGGUGUCGGUACACUUCCUGGAAGUACACUAAAGUUUCGUAUGAAUGAAUUCGGUAUUAUGGAAGUAGUAGACGAGGACGAAACUAACAAACAAAGUAAAGAUAGUAUCGGUGACAAAGAAAAUGUUUGUUCAACUCAGAAUUCAUCAAAGUCCAGUACUCCAACUGUGAAUAAUAUUAACGUUGAGAAGAAACCUGAUGAUAGAAAAUCUAGAACCGUCUCGGCGGACACGAUGUAUCAUUGCGAAGGUUGUGGGUGUUAUGGUUUAGCUGCAGAAUUUGAAAGUCCAAUAUCGUGUAGUCCAUCUUGCACAGAAAUAAUAGAAGCUAAAUCAAAACAACCUGCCAUACGAAAAGAAAAAGACUUAAAAGAUUUACGCGCAAAACGGAAACGUAAAAAGUUAUUACAGGAACAACAGCAGCCUAAAGAAAUAGAUGAAAAGUCUGAAGAAAAAGUGCAGGACAAAGUAAGAUCCGAAACGGAUGAAGAUACGAAAGAUACUAUCACAGCAAUGGAUGAGGAGAGCCAAGGAGAUUCUACCGAAUCUAAGUAUCCUUGGCAGACAGGAAAACUGGGAUUUUCGUGGUCGAAGUAUCUUGAACAUUGUAAAGCAAAAGCAGCGCCUGUUAAACUAUUCAAAGAUCCUUUUCCAUACACUAAAAACCAUUUCAAGGUUGGAAUGAGAUUAGAAGGAAUAGAUCCCGAACAUCCGUCACGUUAUUGCGUUCUUACAGUUGUGGAAGUAGUAGGAUAUAGAAUACGUCUGCAUUUCGAUGGAUAUCCAGAAAAUUACGAUUUUUGGAUAAAUGCAGACAGUAUGGAUAUAUUUCCUGCUGGAUGGUCAGAGAAGAACGGACAUCGAUUAGACCCACCGAAAGGUUACGUGGCGAGUAAUUUUAAUUGGAAUGCGUAUCUUAAAAUUUGCAAAGCUACCGCAGCACCGAAAAAUAUAUUUUCAAAUAAAAGUUCGGUCUUUCCAACUGGUUUUCGUGCAGGAAUGAAAUUGGAAGCGGUAGAUAGAAAACAUUCUUCGUUGGUUUGUGUAGCUAGUAUAGCAGGCCUAAUGGAUUCUCGCAUAUUAGUUCAUUUUGAUUCUUGGGACGAAGUGUACGAUUAUUGGGCUGAUGCAAGCUCUCCAUAUAUUCAUCCUGUGGGAUGGUGUCAUCACAAUGGUCACAGUCUUACACCACCAAAUAAUUAUAAGGAUCCAAAAUCUUUUACAUGGGAUACAUAUUUGAGAGAAACCCGUUCUAUGGUUGCACCAGCAAGAGCUUUUAAACAACGACCACCUUGCGGAUUUAAGCGCGGAAUGAAACUUGAAGCAGUCGAUAAACGUGUGCCACAACUCAUAAGGGUAGCAUCGGUUGAAGAUGUGAAAGAUCAUAUGUUAAAGAUACGAUUUGAUGGAUGGCCAGAAAAUCACGCGUAUUGGGUCGACGACGAUUCUCCGGAUAUACAUCCUAUGGGUUGGUGUUUGAAAACUGGUCAUCCUUUGGAACCACCAUUAACUCCGGAUAAUUUGAACGACAGACCGGAAUGUGGAACGUACGGUUGCAGAGGAAUAGGACACGUGAAAGGACCUAAAUAUGCGACGCAUAACUCUGCAUCUGGUUGUCCAUAUUCACCUCAGAAUCUUCAUAAAGUUAGACAGUUGUCGGAUAGACUGAAUUUAAAACAUGAAACAUGUGAUUUCGAGGAGGAUGUACAAGAUAAACCAAAAACAGAAAAGACUGAUAAAAUAAAAAUGGAGAAGUCCGAGAAACUCGAGAAAAUUGAGAAACCAUUCUUUUCGGAUGAACGCUUAACGAAGACUGAGAAAGAUACGAAGCUGGAAGACGGUGAUUUCUACGAAAAACAUUACAGGCCUGACAAUUUAGAAAAGUUAAACAGAUCGAAACAUCAUCACAGCGAUGGACAGACGGACGAUGACGAACUUUUAAGGAAAAGAAAGAAAAGACGACAGAUAUCUGAAGAGAACUUAUACUCUCUAUCAAAUAGUUAUAGCGAUUCACCGUUAAAUUCGAUGCCAUACGCACCAAAUAUGCCUGAUAAACAGUUGCGUACAGAGUUGUAUCAAUCUGUCUAUACUCCUGGAUACAAUCCAUUACCGGAUGCACCACAUAUAUGGGCGAAACAUAGCAACGCUUUAAACAGAGUAGUAGCGAAGCAAAAUACAAACCCUCGAAGAUGGUCAAACGAGGAAGUGAUCAAGUUCAUACAGAGCGUCCCUAAUUGUAAAGAGAUUGGAAAUAUUUUCAGGAAACACAAUAUCGAUGGCGAGGCAUUUUUAAUGUUAACUCAAGAGGAUUUAGUGUCGUUAUUGGGACUGCGUCUUGGCCCUGCUAUUAAAUUAUACAAUAGCAUAGUUCUUCUGCGACGAAGGGCAACGUGAAUCGGGUGCGAUGAACGCACACAUACUUGGAUCUUGCAAAGUGUAAAGUGGCAGCUAUCGCGACGAUAAUGUCAAAAGUAUUUAUUUGAGGAUUAUAACGAAUCAUCGAGAUGGAAACAUGUACUUUCCAUCGAGAUUAAGGACGUUGAUUUAAUUGUAAUUGAUAAGAGAAAAACGAAGGAGAGAUUUCUUAAUUUGAUAACGCAAAAGGAUCGAUUGUUGGAAAAGUGAAAAAGACUAUUGUGUGGCAAUUUAAAACUGAAAUGGACGAUAAUCUUGACUUUAUAAAAUAUAAGUAUAGCCCGAAUUUACGCGCAUGAUAAGUACUUACGAUUGUCCGUUUUAAUUUUUCUUAUACAGUGAAGUGCAUUCAGUCAUGUACAAAUGUAAAUAUUAAUAAUCUUAAUAAUUAAAUAUUGUAAUACAAAAAAA